CCAACUGUUUCUUCCCUUCUGCUCCUCCGUGAUUCACAGCCUCAACCUCGGCGGCGGAUCCUCUUUCCCGCCACGCUCUGUUCACAGCCAAAAUAUUCUCCGAGAAUCACUUUCCUUUUGUUUAAUUUUUCCUCACGCAUACACACCGCAAUCUUGGAUUUUUAGUUUGGUUUGGUUGAAUUUUUAUGUGAAUUUUUUAUUACGACGUUUGGAUUUUUGUGAAUUUUGGAUGAAUUUGGUUACGGAUUGAAAUUUAUCUUGAAUUUUGUGUGCAUUUGAUUGUGGACUGAAUUUUUUCCAUGUGCAGAUUCUAGGUGGUUGAUGAGUAACUGUGUGGCGGGAGUCGGGAGUCGAAGGAGAGAGAGAGAAGGGAACCUAGAAAAAUUUCACGUACACGUGGCAUACAACAUUGGCCACCCAAGUUCUUCGGAUUUAACUGAGACUUGACAGUUGGGUUGUCUCUUUACGUGAUUUGAAUGGAAUUUUUAAUAAUAUUAAAUUCAGACAAAGGAAAAGUUUCUGUCUUGGGUUUCCUACGGGUUUCCUGCACGCCAGGCCUUGUACUUCAACUGUUUGGAUUGAUCAGAAACUGCAAUUCUUUACACAGUUGAAAGAGGUCUUUACACAGUUGAAAGAGGUUUACAUCACCUCCUUGACUGUAAUGAGUAACAGUAUUGAAGAUGAUUCAUUCUCUAAGCGUGUUGGAAGAUGGUCUGUUUUCUAUUAUGGUGUGGGUCACAUGCUAAAUGACAUCACGUCUGCAUGCUGGUUUACUUAUCUCUUACUGUUCUUAACAGACAUUGGGCUCUCCCAAAGGGACGCUGCUACUGUCAUGCUCUCCGGCCAGAUAGCUGAUGGUUUAGCCACCAUAUUUGUUGGUGAACUGAUAGACAGGUUUGGACAUUUCAAAAUAUGGCAUGGUGCAGGAUCUGUCUUGGUUGCUGUUUCAUUUUCUUCUGUUUUUGGUGGUUGUUUACCUUGUAAAGCCCUUGCCACUUUUUCAUCAACAGUAGAGACUAUUUCAUACAGUACAUUUGCUGCAAUUUUUAAUGUGGGCUGGGCUGCUACUCAGGUUUCACACAUGUCCAUGGUGAAUUGCAUCUCUCUCAAUUCAACUAGCAGAGUAGUGCUGGCAAGCUGUCGGAAUGCCUUUACUAUGGUUGCAAAUCUCAGCCUAUAUGGAAUUGCUUUAAUAGUAUUUAAUAUCAGCAUAGCAAAAACUUAUGCUGAUAUUGAAAAUCAGUACCGCUGGAUUGCAUACUUAUCAAUAUUCAUAGGAUGCUGCUUUGUGGGCAUAUUUCAUCUUGGAACAAAUGAACCAAGAUCAAAGAUAAGUGUACAUGGAAAUAUCUAUGCAAGGAUUUCAUGGACCUAUUGGUUCCGCAAAAUUCUAUAUUAUCAAGUUGCUCUUGUUUAUGUGCUUACAAGACUAGUGCUCAAUGUUUCACAAGCAUAUCUUGCAUUCUAUGUAAUUAAUGAUUUGCUGAUGGCCCAGUCUGCUAAAGCUUUGGUUCCUGCCAUUAUCUAUAUUUGCAGCUUCAUAGUGUCUGUUCUUCUUCAGGAGAUUGCAUGGAAUGGCCAACGCCUGAAGGCUUACUAUGCAGCUGGAGGAAUUCUUUGGAUGUUUUGUGGUGUAGGGAUUCUUCUCUUACCUAGAAGCAUGAGUCUAUUCAUGUAUGCCAUAUCGGUAUUUAUUGGAAUAGCUAAUGCAUUAAUGACGGUAACUGCAGUCAGCAUGCAGAGUGUUGUAAUUGGUGAAGAUCUUAAUGGUUGUGCUUUUGUUUGUGGAUCAUUGAGCUUCCUGGACAAAAUCUCAUGUGGGCUUGCCCUAUUUGUUCUUCAAUCCUAUCAAAGUAGCUCACCUAUAAUUGUGGGAAACUAUUCAACGAACUUUAAUUUUUCAGUUACAAGAUAUGGUUUAGGUCUCGUACCAGCAGUCUGUUCAGCUCUUGCAGUGGCAGUCACGUUCACCAUGGAACUACAAACCCCAUUGUCAAAGCCGCUGUUGGAACCCUUGUUGGAAUGAUGUUGGGAAAGAAAGAACCACCAUGUUCAAACAGACAAGGAUUCUAUGAUGUAUGAUUGUUCUCAUUUCUCCCUGACAUUCAUAAUGCUAGCAGUAACAUUCAGAUGGCCAGGAAAAAUGCUAGGAGAUGGUUCCUUGUGGGAGAAAUUCAGCCAGUUUCUCAAUUGAAGCGACAGCAAUCUUUUUGGUGCUUUUGUUCCUUUGCAGUACUUCAUAUGCCUGUGCAUCCUCUCUGGCUUGAACAAUUUCCCGCAUUGCCUACAUUACAUCGGGGAAGAUUCGAUUAGUGUUUGAUGGCAGCAACUGAAAGCUCUAUUCAAAACCAGGCAAGGGAAGUGGAUAAUAAGGUUCGGUUGUAGAUCAUAAUUACUGGCAUCCCAUGAAUUCUUCUAAUUUAGGAUAGUAUUCCUGCUUGAAAACGUGCCUACAAACUUGCAACAUAGAUUUCAAUGAGAAUAAAUCCAAUCUAAAAAAC